AACUUCACUGCUUUUACCGAAAUUAGCAGGGAAAUCGAAAAAGUAGACAAAAAAACAUUUAAAAAAAAUAGUGUACUGCGCAUGCGUGGAGGCGGCCAAAUUCAAAACUGAAAAGACGUUAGCUCGUUGACGUUAGCCGCCGCAGCUCGAAGCAGCGAAAACAUAAACUACUACUUUAAGUUAGUUAUGAAGUAAUUAACACAACUGUAUUAUAUUGUAAAACACGAGGAAUUAUCUCAUAACAACUACAAGUUGAAAAUGGAGCCUCUGGAUCCUGCCAAGAAUGAUGAAGGUGAUGGAUUCUCCAGACGACGCAUUUCUUCGAUUUUAAAAGCACCACGGAAAUCAAUCAUAUUCCCUGACCCUCAGCAACAGGAAAAUGUGGUGGAGUGUGCCAAACCUGUGGAAAAGAGAAUUUCAAGAAGAGUCAGUUUUGCCCCCGCCAACGAUGUUCUCCUGUUCUCAAAGGAUGUAAAAAAUGCCUCGCCUGUCCGAAGUCCUUUACAAGAGUUAAUAACAACAACAGCGACAGCCACACAAAAUAGGGUCCAGGUGGCAGUCACUGAAGAUGGGAGUCAACAAAUUAUGGGAAUGGAAACCCUUUUGAAUGCUCCUCUACAUGCUUCUCAACAAAGGGAUAAGGUCAACUUUGAUACUCGGGAUGACGUAGGGGAGAAAACGGUGAUGUUUUCUACAGAUGAUGUAUUCAUGGACAUGACCCAAAGUCACACUAUAAACAUUGCCAAUGAUGCCGAAUCACUCGCAGAUAUUUCCUCUCUACCCACUAGAGGAGAGAAAACAGUGAUGUUCACUGCGAAUGAUGGAUCCACGGGUAUGAGAAACGUCUCCUCAUCAGCGCCUUCUUUGGAUACUGGAUUUGAAAACUUCAUCGCAAGUCUCUCUAAACCAAGUGGCCCCAGCGUUAAUCCUGUGAUCACCAGAAUGAUGCCUGCUGCUGGAGCAUCCUCUGAAGAAACAACCGGCUCCCUGGCCCAGAUUAAAACACAAAGGGUUAAUGUGGAUAAAGAAAAUCAGGCUCCAGCUUCAGUUUCAGCUGUGAUGGCAAAGUCUCUAAAUACAUCCAGGAAGAUUGGGGAAUUUUAUGGAAGUGCACUCUGUCUAGAAGAUGAUUCAAGCAUCGAUAUGACAGAAGCUCAGACAGGCCACACCCUGGGAUCCACCGAUGAUGAUGAUCCCUUUCAGUGUCUUUUUCCCACACAAGAAAUGUACUCCCACCAUGACAACAGAGCGUCACAGACAGCAGAGAAGACGACACAACAGCAGAUCAGUAAACCACUGGCAUCAUUCAACACUAAAGAUAUGACAUCUUCGAAGAAUCCUUCUCUACAUGCUUCUCAUCAAAGACACAAGGUCAACCUUGAUACAAAAGAUGAUUGCAGAAACAAAACAAUAAUGUUCACAGCAGGUGAUGAGUUCAUGGAUAUGACUCAGAGUCACACGGUAAACAUUGCCAGUGGUUCAUCAAAUCGUCCAAACCAAAACUUAGACAUUCUUCACACUCGUGGAAAAACGGACAAUGCUUCAUCUUUGGAGGAGAGAAGACGUGAGGCUUGUGGUACGCCUGGCUCCUCAGCUAAUGGUUUGGAUCUGGGAUUUAAAAACUUUGUGUCAAGUCUCUCUAAGCCAGGCUCCUCAAGUGGUAAUCCUGCGAUUGUCAGAGUGAUACCUCCUACUGCAGCAUCCUCUAAGGAAACUGUCGACACAAGCAUCUCCCUGUCCCAGCUUAAAAGUAAUGUUGGUAAAGAAAAGCAGUCACUAAAUACAACCAGGAGCUUUGGAGGAUCAUUUAAUGAAAGGACGAUCUGUCCUGAAAAUGACGUGAGCAUGGAUAUGACUGAAGCACAGACAGGCCGUAUUAUAGGACUCACUGGCUCAGAUGAUUCUUUCCAGUUUCUUUUUUCCACCCAAGACAUGUACGCCCACAGUGAAAGUCUGAAGAAAAAAGAGGUGACUUCAGGACAGAAGAACCGUGACGUGCUGGGAUCAUCUAACCGCACAGGUAUGGAAACCUCAUUGACUGCUUCUUUAAAGACGAAGGUGCAAAGACAUGAGGUCAUGUUUGAUGCUGAAGACGACUCCAGAGAGAAAACAGUGAGGUUUACUGCUGACGAUGCCGGUAUGGAUGUGACAAGAAGUCACACUGUAAACAUUGCCACUGCUUUACAACUGCAGUCACGCCAAAAUCUGAACAUUUUACCUGCUUGCGGAGAGAAAACAGUGAGAUUCACUGCUGACGAUGCCGGUAUGGAUGUGACACGAAGUCACACUGUAAACAUUGCCACUGCUUUACAACUGCAGUCACACCAAAAUGUGGACCUUUUACCUGCGUGUGGAGAGAAAACAGUGAGGUUUACUGCUGACGAUGCCGGUAUGGAUGUGACACGAAGUCACACUGUAAACAUUGCCGCUGCUUUACAACUACAGUCGCACCAAAAUCUGGACACUUUACCUGCGUGUGGAGAGAAAACAGUGAGGUUUACUGCUGACGAUGCCGGAAUGGAUGUGACAAGAAGUCACACUGUAAACAUUGCCACCGAUUUCGAACCACAGUUGCGCCAAAGUGUGGACAUUUUACCUGCUUGCGGGGAGAAAACAGUGAGAUUCACUGCUGACGAUGCCGGAAUGGAUGUGACAAGAAGUCACACUGUAAACAUUGCCACUGCUUUACAACUGCAGUCACGCCAAAAUGUGGACCUUUUACCUGCUUGCGGAGAGAAAACAGUGAGGUUUACUGCUGAUGAUGCCGGUAUGGAUGUGACAAGAAGUCACACUGUAAACAUUACCACCGAUUUCGAACCACAGUUGCGCCAAAGUGUGGACAUUUUACCUGCUUGUGGAGAGAAAACAGUGAGAUUCACUGCUGACGAUGCCGGUAUGGAUGUGACAAGAAGUCACACUGUAAACAUUGCCACUGCUUUACAACUGCAGUCACACCAAAAUGUGGACCUUUUACCUGCUUGCGGAGAGAAAACAGUGAGGUUUACUGCUGACGAUGCAGGUAUGGAUGUGACAAGAAGCCACACUGUAAACAUUGCCACCGAUUUUGAACCACAGUCUCACCAAAAUGUGGACCCUCUACCUGCUUGCGGAGAGAAAACAAUGAGGUUCACUGCAACUGAUGCAGGUAUGGAUAUGACCCAGUGCCUCGCUGUAAAUAUUGCCAGCAAUUCAGUGUCGGAUUCACUUCUUCCACACCGAGAUUCUAACAUUUCAUCCACUCAUGAAAACAUGGAUUUUCCUGUAUCUGCGAAGAAGACCCAUCGUCCGGGUAGAAACCGAUCUUCAUCAGCACAGGCUUUGGAUCCAGGAUUUAAAAAAUCCCUGUCUAGGUCGAGUGGCCCUUGGGCUAAUCCUGUGAUCAACAAAGCAGUGGCUCCUGCUGCACCGUCCCCUCAAGAAACUGUAGACACAAAUGGCUUCCUGGACCAACUUAAAACACAGAAGCCUGAUGUGGAUACUGAAAAGGAAGGUUUUGUUUCAGCUGUCAUGGAAAAGCCAAUAAAUAAAACCAUGACGGAAGGUCCAGAGGACGAUGUAAGCAUGGAUAGGACUGAAGCUCAAACAGGCCGCAUUUUGAGACAAACGUAUACAGAUGAGCCACCUCAAUGCCUUUCUCCCACACAGGACUUGUACCCCAAUUCUGACCAUUUGAAGAAAACUGAGCUCACUCCACAACAGAGCAACGAAGCACUGGGAUCAUCUAAUCCUGAUGGCGUUGAAAUCACAAGCAUUCCCGAUUCUCUUGAAACUGGCACCAGGAAGGAACCCGAACCAAGAAAUCAAACUUUAUCACAGAAGAUGGAGAGUUCACCCAGUGCUGUUGACCAUGAUGUCGAUGCAGCGCCUUCACGAAAGGCUAGACGAAGGAGUUUAGCCAAUCUUCAGUCAAAAGUCAGGCGUUUGAGCCACAAAAUAAAUACAGCCCCUGAUACUAUUGCCAUGGACAGCUGCACAGCACCUUUGCCUCGGCUGGAAAGCGACAUGGACAAAAACUCAAACGACAAAACCAAACCCCUACCUGUAACGGAGCCUGAACUUGAAAUGGGUUUGGUAAACACCGAAGAAGAUACACAAGCUCAAUGUCUUAUGCAAGAAGAACAACCCUCUACUACCACUGCAACUCCUUUCAACUUGAAGACUAAAGAACUUAUGUCAAGACUCUCAGUGGGAAGCUUUAAGGCGAAACUCCCCCGUAGGAGCAAACCGGAUGUUUCAAAGAAGGUGAAUUCUGUGAGAGAACAUACACAGACAGUCAAUGUUACGAAACAACUGAGCAACUUUGACGAUGAUUUGAGCAAUAUUCACAACGAAGAGCUUGGUAGCUAUGAAGAUGUGUCAGAAACGUUGGACAUGAGUCCUCAGAAAGCCACUGAAGAAGUGAGCGCUUCUCCCGAGUUCAACAUGGAAGAGCUUUUAGAGGACAAUGCAAUUGAACAGGACUUUAUUAAUGCUGUCCAUGGAAAAAAGAGAUCUCUGCCAGUAGAUGAAAAUAUACUGGAGGAUGAGAAGAGAAUGAAAACAUCCACUGACGUUGAAACGUCUCAUGUUGUGGAGUGUGACGGUAACAUUACUGCAGCUCCAGGCAUGAUUACACAGUCCACAGACUACUCCAACAGCAGUCACACAGCCAGAUAUGAAACUACAUUUGAAUCAACUUUCAAACAAAGCCAGUGUGAAGACUACACCACUGACAUACAGAGGAAACUCGAUGACGGCACCAUUACAGUGUUGGAGUUCUUUAAACUCUUCAACAUAGACUUUGUCAUCCAUAAUCCUCGGCAAAGCAUCCUCCCUGGGAGACCUUUGUCAGAAACAGAUCACACACCGAUGGAUUUAUUGAAAGACAGAUACAUCAACCGUCCUAAACAGAUGGUGUAUGAGACGGAUGUCCUCAACCUCACAGAAAAGGUGGAGGGGUUGAAGGAGCGAAUGUGGGACCUGGACAAACCACUGAAGAUUGUUAAUAGACCUUUGUGGGAAGAAGUGAGAAAUGCUUCAGAGAAAGAGAUCACAUCUUUGGGUGCAAAACUAAAAGAGAGAAAUAGCCUCUUCAGAAAGUCGAGCAAAGUUCAGUCACAUGAAAUGAAGGAGGUGUUGUACUCAAACCUUGUGCAGGCUAAUCUGGAGGAGCAACAGAGGUUGAGAGGAACGAUUGAGGAAGCAGAUGAGAUGAUGAAGAGUUUGGAUGACUGUAUUGGUGAAUUAGAAACAGAACUUGCUGCAGUUGAAGAAAAAGGCUACGAAGACAAGCCAAGUCUGAAAUCACGUCAGGAAGAAAUGCAGAAAGUCACAGAGGCUUUGGCGGAUAAUGACAGACAAAUAUCUGAACUAGAGAUCCAGAAGAAGCAGAAUUCAAAUAAACUGAACAGGCUGAAAGCGGAGACGAGGAACCUUGAGAGCCACGUCACCGUGCAGAAUUUGGUGAAUGAAUGGAAGUUUGCAGAGAAGAGAGACAACUGCACCGUCUACUCUUUCCUCCAUGAGACCUUGCAUCUACAGCUGGUGUAUGAAAAGACCAUUGGAAAUGAUGCAGAUAAUCAGUCUGAGAGGAAAAUAUUACACAUCACAUUCAAACUUCAACUUGAUGAUGAGAAGUCGCAGGGCCACGCCUGCCUGGUUCACAAACUGCUCUCUCAGUACAUCGAGGGAGAAAGUGACUGGGUGGAGAAGUAUCCAACGAGCAGACAUGUUCCUCAGCUGCUGCAGGAAGUUGGUCUGGUGGUGAGUCGCUGUCGUCUGCUGGGAGAGGAGCUGCGUCUGCUGAAAAUGUGGGGAGGUGUAAGGCUCAAUAUUCUCGACAUCAGCUGUGUGGACACUCAAGUGCACAUUGUCUUCAGCCGUCUCAGGACAUUGUCCAAGUUUGAGGUGAUCUUCUCCGUCAGUCUGAUCGACCACCUCUGUGUCCUUCAAGUGCAGAGCUUCAAAAACAUGAUCGGAAACACGACGAUUCAACAGAUUGAGGAGAUCGUGGCGUCGUUCAGUCCAGCAAAGAACGUCCUGACGAAGAUCGUCAAAAAGAUUCAUGAAAAUCUGCUCUGUUGAGACCAGGAACUUUGAUUCCAGUCGUUUGUAAUCAAACUCUUUUGUACAGUAUGUUGAAAAAAUGAAAAACUUAAAAAAAUCUUUGAAGUGGGGUUGUAUGAGGUACUUAUACUUUACAUAGUGUAUUACUGACAGUAGAUGACGAUCAGCUUGGAGAAACAGAUAGGAGUUACCGCACAUAACCAAAGCAAUAUAUUGCUGUGGACGGGGCCGGCAGCACACAACCUCACAGAACACAGGAGUUACUGGUCUACUCUUCAAUGGAGUCUGGU